CUUAGGCUUAAAGGUCGAGAUACAAGCAGCGCUGCCUUAGUACAUGAAAAAAAAUCUAACCAAAAUAAAAACAGCAGCACGUGACAUUCUUAGAUUAAUGAUAAAUUAAAAGAUAAUUACAGUUAAUAGAAAUACAAAAAACUCAUGGAACUAAUGUGUACUUGAAGUUAAAAUGUGGCGGCGAUAUUUAUUAUGGUUCGCUCACGAACACGUUGAUUUCAGACAUGCUGAAAUCAAUAGUAUUUUGUCCUUAUUCAAAAUACCCAUCAAAUUCAUUGAGAAACCGUGUUUGGAGAAGCCGUAUUGGAUUGUAGAGCUCCCUUCAGAGGAUUGUGCGAAAAAGAUCGCCUCUCGGUCUGUUUUGAUGAAAAAUUGUAUAGAAUUGUGGUCAAGAGCUAAAAGUAUUGACCAAUUACAUAUUAAUUUACGCAAAUCACUUCAAAAUACCACCUCUAAAUGGAUUUUCGAAAAUGUGGAAUGUGCUGAACAUAUCUGCCCUAAAGAAUUGAUUGAUGUGUGCUGUUCACCUAACAGUUCAUUUAAAAUAGAAGUCGAAACAUUCUGCAAACAUUUUUCAAUCCAGGAAAAACUGGAUAAAAUUGAGGAAUUUACAUACUUACCACUGAAAGGAUCAGUCAAAUUAAAGAAUCCAGAUAUUACAUUAUCAUACCUGGAGUUUUAUGGAGUUAAUCCUAAUAAUGUACCUGAACAACCUUAUGACUUGUUCUUUGGAAAAUGGAUAUCUGAAGGUCAAAGGGAUUUAAUUCGGUUUCAUUCAUUAAAAAAACGCAAGUUCAUUGGGAAUACAAGCAUGGAUGCGCAACUAGCUAUUGUGAUGGCUAACCAAGCCCAAAUUGCUCCCGGUCAUAUUGUGAUUGAUCCUUUUGUGGGCUCUGGUUCAUUGUUGAUUGCAGCUGCACAUUUUGGAGCAUACGUAUGGGGUUCAGAUAUUGACUACAUGAUGCUACAUGGUAGAACGAGACCAACACGAGUCGGUCAAAAGGUACGAUCAAAAGAGGAGAGUAUUAAGAAUAACUUGAAGCAAUAUGGCACGGAGUCUAAAUACAUUGAUAUACUGGUCAGUGAUUUUUCGUUGCCGCUCUGGAGGGAUGGAGUUAAAUUCGACGCUAUGAUUACCGAUCCACCGUACGGCGUUCGCGAACCAACAGAGAAGAUUGGUAUAGAGCGAAACAAUUACACUCUAUCUGAGGAGCACCUCACAAAUCACAUACCUUCGAAAGUGGAAUACGGCCUUCCUCAUAUCUACAGUGACCUGUUGAAUUUUGCCGCAAGACAUUUGGAGAUGAACGGGAGACUGGUCUGUUGGUUUCCUGUUAUUAGGGCCGACUAUCAAGAUGAGCAGCUGCCUUCUCAUCCGUGCCUCAAGUUGAUCGCAAACUCGGAACAGAUCUUAACCAAGUUGACAGCGCGACGCCUGCUGACGUAUGAGAAGAUAUGUGAUGACGUAUCCAGCGUAACUGUUGAUCCCAGCAGUGGAGUUCCCAAUUUUAGAGACAAAUACUUUGCAAUCGGAGAAGAAACAAGACGCGAACGUAAGGAGAGGAGAGCGGAGGAGAUAGCCACGUACGCGGCGGUGAAAGCGAGACUCGGUAAUGAAGUCACAUAGCGCAAUUUAAAUGUAAACUGUAAUAUAUCAUUUUAAAAUAA